AUGCUGCUGCUCAUUGAAGCUCUUCUGCUCAUUUUAGCUGCUCUAGGACAGGAUCACAGAGCUGCUGGUGCAGGAUAUCCAUUGGAUAUGGCACUGAAUUCUGUUGAUGACCAAUAUAAGGGCUGUACAUCGAAAAUGGCACAUCUGGUGAAGACAAAAUAUCUAAUGAAAGAAAUCAAUAACUCACCGCAAUUUAAAAUUGGUUGGCAAGUGGGUGCAAUGUUUGUCAAGUUCCCAAAAGGUUACUUGAAAAGGAAUCAUUUAAUCGCCAUUUAUGUGUACAGUGAUAAUAACGUAUAUCAGCAUUUCAAUCCUGACAAUCGUUAUGGUAAAAAACAGUACAAUCACAAGACCUACAAAUGGUAUUCCCUUUACUUUUUGUUAACAGAAGCGAUACAGAUUCUGAAGAAAACACAGUAUGGAUGCAGGUUUACUUAUCGUGGUACAAAUGUUGAAUUUAAUAAGGAUGUUCUGAACAAAGAGGUUCGUUUUGGCUCAUUUGCUUCAUCCUCCCUUGAUUAUAACAUUGCACGAGGUUUUGGAUCUAAAUCUUGUUUUGAAAUCUACACUUGUGAAGGAGCUGAUGUGGCAAAAUAUUCUAAGUAUCCUCAUGAGAAAGAGGUGCUGAUUCCUCCAUAUGAGAAGUUUAAAGUCACUGCUGUCAAGUCGAGAAAAUAUCAGCCUCAUCUCUGGUGUGAAACUGUGUUCACUUUGAAAAGCACUGGAACAAGAAGUUACCUGAACUGUGCUCUAUUCAAGAAAGCACCCAAUUAUAAUGGUUUUUACUGA